UCUGGGAGAGCGCAGAUACUGCGUCUGAUUCAGAGGAGGACUGCUGCACCUUUACCGACAGCAUGGAUCUGAUUCUGGGCGUGGCGGAUCGGUUCUUCUUCACGCCGUACGUGUACCCGGCGUGGUGGGGGGAGGAGGAGCCUAUUCGCCAGAUCCUCGGCCUCCUCGUGGUGACCAACCUGGGGGCGGCGGUCUUGUACCUCGGACUGGGCACGCUCAGUUAUGUCUUCAUCUUCAACCACGAGCUCAUGAAGCACCCACAAUUCCUACCAAACCAGGUGCGGCGUGAGAUCAAGUAUGCCAUGACAUCUCUACCGUGGAUCAGUAUACCGACGGUUGCUCUGUUCUUCGCUGAAGUCCGCGGAUACAGCAAGCUCUAUGACAACGUGCACGACUCACCUUUGGGUUGGCCUGGUCUGUUCCUCAGUAUGGUGUCCUUCCUGUUCUUCACUGACAUGUGCAUCUACUGGAUACACAGAUUCCUCCACCACAAGCUCAUCUACAAGCAUUUCCAUAAGCCUCAUCACGUCUGGAAGAUUACAACUCCCUUUGCCAGCCACGCCUUUCACCCGGUGGACGGAUUCCUACAGGGCCUGCCUUACCACAUAUACCCCUUCCUAUUCCCACUGCACAAACUGCUGUACCUGGGCCUCUACGUGUGUGUGAACAUCUGGACCAUCUCUAUCCACGAUGGAGACUAUCGCUUGCCCCGCCCACUCCAGGCGGUCAUCAAUGGCGCGGCCCACCACACGGAGCACCACUUGGCGUUUGACUAUAACUACGGCCAGUACUUCACGGUGUGGGACCGGAUAGGCUCCUCCUACCGAGACCCCCCUGCUCUGGAGGGCAAGGGCCCCCUGGACACCAUACACCGCAUGCAGAGCAAGGACAACCUGAAGGAGAAGGGGGCCUAGAGAAGAGAGAGAGAGUGUGUGUGUGUGUGUGUGUGUGUGUGUGUGUGUGUGUGUGUGUGUGUGUGUGUGUGUGUGUGUGUGUGUGUGUGUGUGUGUGUGCGCGUGUUGUGAAGGGACCCCUGGACACAGUACUGUGCAUAAGUGUGUGUGCUAGGGCCGAGCAAGUGUGUGUAUGUGGGAAUGUGCAUGUGCCAUGCAAUGUGGUAAACAAUAUGAUGAUGAUAAUGAUGAUAUAUUUUUGUAUAUUCCGCUACUGUAAUUAUGUAGUAAUCACCCAUUCCCCAAACAAUAUUCCGUGGUAUCCUAUUCCUAUGGUCCCAUACUGUCAGCUUAGGGUGCUUUUACUUUGAAACCAUCUAUUCCAAGCGGUCCGACCGAGCACACAGAAAUCAGAACUCUGACUGGAACCGCUCCAAAAUUCUGAGCUCUCAUUCCUUUAGUUUUAGUGGAAUGUUCGUUUUUGGGGUUUUUUUGCUGUUGUUUUUUAUUUCUUAAUGUUAUGCAGUACUCUCCUCUCUGAGAGUCAGGUUUAAGUCAGCGAGUUCAGGACCGCACCCUAUAUCGGCCAUUCCACAAUCAGAACUCACAUGGAACUUACGGAACUCACCAGCAGUCUAGAACCUUACCGUGUGUGUGUGUCCGUGUGUGUGUGUGUGUGUGUGUGUGUGUGUGUGUGUGUGUGUGUGUGUGUGUGUGUGUGUGUGUGUGUGUGUGUGUGUGUGCGUGCAUGCAUGCGUGGGUGCGUGAAAGUGUGUGUGUGGAGCCGUUAAGCUUGCUGUAGGUCCCUUAAUGGGGCACAUAUGGAGAACACACACACAGCUGGAGAUGGCCAACCCUGUAGCAGAGGACCAUCAUAGCGGAACACAGUUUUGCAAUUCAGAACUUUUGGAUUCAAAUAUUAACAUGCCUGCUGCUGUGUGCCUACCUCAAAGGACCCCAGAGAAGACAAUUAAGGACAUUUCAUUAUGUUCCCCCUGGGUACAUGGGCCCAAUCCUAUUUCUACCGUCAAUAUCAGUAAAAAAUAACUUCAAAGGACCUCGAAGAAGACAAUGUCAUUGUACAUUUGAAUGUCCUUGUAUUUCCUGUGGGUACUUGGGGCUAAUUAUAUUUCAAUAUGAGUUGUUGUAGCCUACCUU